AUACAAUAAAACCUUUAUAAGAAUGAUGAUAACAAAAGAUAACCUUUUAAUUUACAUCCGGUGCUUGACGCCACAAGUCACACGUGUUUUGUUGUAAACAUCGAGACAAAUGCAGUGUCAACAUUUGUAAUAAUUGGUCGCAUUCCGCAGAAAAAAUCCUCAGUUCAGAUUUUAAAAUAUGGAAGAAGAAGAUGUACAUCAGACUAUUGCACUAUUUAGUAAUAUCAGUUCUCAGGUAUCAGGGGUCAAGAGUCAAGUGGAAAUGCUGUUAAAUAAAGUUAAAAAUGGAGAUAUAUCUACCACUAAAGGAGUCAGUUUUUUAGAAGUCAAAUAUCAUCUUCUGCUCAGUUAUAUCAUGAAUUUGGGAUUAGUGAUGAUGAAGAAAUGUGAAGGUCAACAGAUCAAUGGAAUUCCAGCCAUUCAACGUCUCGUUGAGAUUCGAACUGUCUUGGAAAAGAUGAGACCAAUCGACUACAAACUGCAAUACCAGGUAGAUAAGCUGAUUAAGACCGCACUUACUGGCACUGUUGCUCAGAAUGAUCCAACAAGAUUCAAACCCAACCCUGACAACUUGAUCAGUAAACUUGAAGAUGAGGAAGAAGACAGUGAUAGUGAAGUAGAUGUUGGAAAGCCAAAGAAAUAUGUACCUCCCAGAGUUGCAGCAAUGCAUUAUGUUGAUGAUGAGUCUGCUGCAGAGAGGCGUCAAAGACUUUUAGAAAGAGCCAAAAAGAAGGCAUUGAGCAGUUCUAUUAUCCAAGAUUUACGAGCCGAAUAUAGUGAUGGUCCAGAAGAAAUCAGGGAGAAUGUUAACUUUUACAAACAAAAGCAAGAAAGGGCUGCAAAGGAAAGAAAUCAAUAUGAAGAAGAAUAUUUCAAAAGAUUGCCUGUCACCAAGAAAGAGAAACAUGCCCAGAAGCGAAUGGCAACAAUGUCCAGUCUAGAUGGCAUCACCAAGUUUGGUGACAUAAGUGCCUUGUCACAUGACAUUGAUGAUGUGGACAAUUUUCAAAGUAAAAAGAAGAAGAAAAUGCCAAGCCGGCUACGCAGGAUUCUUUCGAAGAAAAGAGGCAAAAGAAAGAAGUUCUGAUGAAACUUGUUACAAAUCAAAACAACUGGUUCCUUUUAAUGUACAGAUAUCAUUUCCACAAUAAUGUCUAGAGCAUUUGAAGUCCAUGAAAUAAGGGCUGUUAUUUGGCCAGCAUGUACGGCCUAGUGUUCCUGAUUUGCAAAAAUCUGAACAUAAAAACUGUUAGCUGUGCAAAAUAAGGCUACUAGAGACCUUUUCGUUCUGUAAACAUGCGUCUUGACUGUGUAAACGAGAUACCAGUGUCCAUCGCGUCUCUCCAGUUGUUUGUGGGCUUUAGAACAUCAAAUGGACUAGGUUGCCAUCGCAUCUACAAAAUAAAAUGAAACUGCAAGUAA